GCGCUGGUGUAAACAGCUCAACUACGUCUGACUAGCACUCGCUAAGGGACACAUUCAUCUUUUCAUGCGUUUAAGUGACUAUUAGUACAGGCGCUAGAUUACAAAACACACUGUUCUUGCAAGACGCUGAAAUCACCGUAUUCCCCCACCAUAUUUCAGUCACCAGCCGCAUUCUUGUUGCUCAUUGCGACCAAACACCGCAUCCCUCCUUUGAAGGCAAACAUCUGGGUACUAGCUCAGAUACACCAGCGCGCAGCAAUAAACUAGAGGGUUUACUUGUCAUCAUGGGUAUAAACGGCCUGUGGGAGUUACUCGAGCCUGCUGCAAAAACGGUACCUGUCAUCUCUCUUGCCCUCCAGGGCCGCUACAUAGGACCCGCCCCUCACCUGCCCUAUGUGGUGGGGGUUGAUGCAAGCGGAUGGUUCGAACAGUGCCAACAAGGCAAGUGGCACCGAGCACAUGCUCAGACUGGGCAGAAUCCCGCCCUUCGAACAUUUCUAUUCCGACUUGCCCGACUUGCCCGGUAUCCACUGCAGCUUAUCUUCUGCUAUGACGGUGACCAGCGGCCUGGUGUUAAACGAGGACAUAGGGUGUCUUCAAAUGAACACUGGAUGGUGAAGCCAACACAGCGCAUCCUGGAUGCUUUCAACACUCAGUGGAUUACGGCUGCGGGGGAAGCUGAGGCGCAGCUGGCCUUGAUGAAUAGGGCUGGCGUCAUCAAUGCGGUCAUGACAGAUGACUGUGAUAUCUUCGUGUUUGGUGCCCAAACCGUCCUUCGAAACUCGACAUUUUUGUCCGACACCAUCAAGAUAUAUACCAUCGGCACCAUCCGGGAGCAAGUUGACCCUUCUCUUACUGGUGACGCUUUCAUUACCAUUGCUAUUUGCUGUGGGGGUGAUUAUGAUAAGAAUGGUCUUCCAGGGUGCGGACGUGAGACCGCACUUGGUCUGGCCCGCUGCAUGGACAAUAGUAUGCUAUGCAGUGCUAUGCACGGUGGCAACCAGGACCGGUCCCUCCAGCAAUGGCGGAACAUCGCUGAAUAUCACCUUGCGAGUGAUCCAACUGGAAAGAUGGGCCGAUUGCAUCCAGCCCUCGCUCGCUCACUCUCUGAUUCCUUCCCUAAUCCGGGCAUCAUUAAUUUAUAUGCACGCCCCACAGUAACUCCACUCACUGAGCUGCCCAAACUGCGAACCCCGGCCCCACCUAACCUCACUUCACUUGCGUCUCUUAUUCAGCAGCUCCUGGGCUGGGACUCAAAGAAGCUUCUCGGCACUUUCCGCACUACCAUUUGGCCUGUUGCCAUCUUGCACGAGCUUCUGGAGGACCUUGCGAAUAAUUCGCCUAUGAGCAAUGAGAUCGAGCUUGGCUCGGGCUGCACGAGGGCUGUCUUUCUCAGCCGUGCAUCACGCCCGAAGAAGGCACUUGCAGGAUUUUUGGGGCACAACAGUGAUGUACCCACUGAUACGCUGAAGCAAGCCACACUCCGGCUGCUUGAGGGGUCAGCUGAAGGCUGUCAGGAUGACUCACAUAAGUAUGUUCGAGUAUGGCUCGCUGACCAAAUCUAUGACUGCUGGGUGCGGCCUCCGCAGCUGCUGCCUCUUCUGCGAGCGUCAUCGACCUCACACAAGAUGAAGAUGAAGCAGUGCCCGCAGACGGUGUUAUAAUUGAUCUCACAGCUUUGUGUCCAUCACAUAUACUGGAUGCGCCUCAAUUGACCAGAAGUUUCAAUUGUUCCAGCAAGUUGGAUAUCUCCACUGUGAACGCCGCGGUGGAUCAGG